CUUCAGUAUAUAUACGCGGAAACACUCACUCACGACACACACUCGCAAAAACACUCGCUAAUCCCUGAGCCAGCCAGUGACAGGAGCAAGAAGCAAGACAACAACCAUGAGGCUGUUUGUGGUACUGGCCAUUGUAGUGCUGUCUGGCUGCCAUGCCAACCUUCUCUAUGCGGAUCCACCAAAGCCGCAGAUGGAAGUGCUGAUUGACUCUUUCUGGGACUACGUUGCCAAGGCCACACAGACAGCUGAUGACACCCUGCAGAUGAUCAGGAAGUCUCAGUUUGGUCAGGAAGUCAAUGCUCGUCUGGAAGAUAGCGUUUCCUUUGGCAGCAUGUACGCAAUCUCCCUGAAGGAGCAGCUUCCCCCUGCCGCUCAGGACCUGAUGGCUAAGAUCCACAAAGAGGCUGACACACUGAGGAAAGUGCUCACCAACGAGCUGGUCGUCGUCAGGGACAGCCUGGAGCCCUAUGCUGAGGACAUGAAGGCCCAGAUCCAGCAGAAAGUGGAGCAGUUCAAGCAGGAGCUGGCUCCCUACGCAGACUCCCUGGACUCCGAGGCCCUGAGGACCACGCUGGUGCAGAGGACCGAGGAGCUGAAGACCAGCUUGGAGCAGAGUGUGAGGGACAUGCAGGCUCAGCUGGGUCCUUACACCGGUGACCUGAAGGAGAAGGUGGACCAGCACCUGCAGGACUUCCAGGAUAGGGUCUCCCCCAUGACCGAGAAGGUGGAGGUUGAGCUGAGACACAGAGCCAACCUGGUGAAACAAAUGGUGGCUCCCUAUGCUGAGGACCUGAGAGAGAGGCUGGACCCGUACACCCAGGACAUCCAAGCCCAGCUAAUGUCCUUCUAUGAGUCCUUCGUCAAUGCUAACUAGUCCUCCAUCCUCCUCCAUCACCAGCCUUGUUUACCUCCGUUUCAACCAUGACAUAAUUUAAAUAUCUGAAUUGUACUGUAUCCAAAAUGACAACACAUAUUUAUUUCUAAAUACAACGUGUAUAUAUGUACUUUUUAUUAUAUGUUAUGAACUGAGUAUUUUUUGUAAUUUCUAUUGGAUGUUAAACUAAUAAAUUCAUGAAUCUGGAA